CAGUACGUAAAAAUAAUGGACGUGGAAAGUUUUUUGUUGGGAGCGGUUUACUACUAUGGACUGUUCAUCGGUCUCAGUACGUUUGAGUUUGACUGGAAUACAGGGCGUGUAUUUACAUCGAAAUUGAGUACUUUGUACCCUCUUGCGACGGAUUCUUGUAUUUUUAUCUUAUACAUUUAUCACUGGACCGGGAACGCAAUGUAUGCGAUCUUUAGCAAAGCAAACAUGCUGCACGAAUAUGUUGUCAUCAUAAUGACCGGACUUAAAAUUGCUACUGGCCUUUUCACUCUGAUUAACAGAUGGUACCAGCGUAGCGAGAUGAUGAUCUUGACCGCAAAAGUGCUCCGCAUGUUUAUGGCCAGGCCGCAGGUAAAGAGAAUGUCUCGCUGGGGCAUUCUCACCAAGUUUAUUUCUGGAUCUCUGACCGAUGGCCUCCAAAUGGCCAUCGUCUUGAAUACCAUGGGUCGCGUAGACUCGCAAUUCUUCCUGGGACUGGGCUUGCAGUACUGGAUGUCCGUUAUUCUCAACAUGGCUUUGGUACAGCAAUACAUGAUAAUGCUCUUCGUUCGGACACAGUUUCAGCUACUCAACACCGAACUGCGUCAGGUGAUUGAGGACACCAAGGAGCUGCAGUUAAACCGCCGACAUCAAGGAGUUUUUAUAACCAGGUGCUGUUCCUUGGCAGAUCAGUUAGAGAAUAUAGCAAGAGUGCAGAGCCAACUGCAGACGAUUGUAAACCAAUUGGAAAAAGCAUUUGACAUUCAGGGGGCCUUGAUAUAUGGGGGCUAUUACUUGUCCUCGGUGGGCAACAGUUACAUGGCAUAUAGUAUCUUCAAACAUGGCUAUGAGAAUAUGAACAUGGCACUGAGUACUGUUAUCCUGACGUUCCUAUGGUGUUUUUUUUACUACCUUGACGGUUUGCUGAAUUUACGUGUUAUGCUUCACAUCCAAGAUGACUACCGGGAAGUGAUACAAAUACUCGGGGAGCGGACACUAUUUGUUGGUUUGGAUGUCCGCCUGGAAGAAGCCUUUGAGAACCUUAACCUGCAGCUAAUACGAAAUCCCUUAGAAAUAAAGGUUAUUGAGUUGUAUAGCGUCACUCGCAGCACUACGAUGUCUAUGUUCGGAAACCUGUUCACGCAUUCCAUACUUUUAAUUGAGUAUGAUAUGGAACAUUUUUAAGAAUAUUCAAGCAUUAAAUAAGCAGCAAUGUUAGUCACUGUUUUAAA